AAUAGUAAAUAUGUAUACCGAACUGAAGUGAAAAAAGAUUAGGCAGAGACGACAUCCAACGGCCACGCGCGAUGCAACAAUGAUAGUCACCGGAGCUUGCGACUUCUCGUCAUCACUCUCCGUCACCUCUUCCUCCUUCUCCUCCGCUAUCUCCGUCUCUGUCACAGCCUUCAACAUUUCCUCUCUCUCCUCUAACCCCAAAUUCAUCAACUCCAGCUCAACUCUCUUCCGUUCCCUUUCCUUCUCCCUUAUCCACCACCGUAUCAGCUACUCAUGCCGCUCCCUCCGCCGUCUCUCCUCUCAUACGGUCCAUAGGAACAAAACCCAAUUCGUCUCGAAGUCAUCUACACCGACUCCACCACUCUCCACGGCUAAAUCCACGGCUCAGCGAACCGGGACUUUCGUCGAACACCUUACAGGCAUUACAGAAUCGGAAGAUGAAACGAACGAAUUUGGAGAUGUGGAGUCAGCUAGGAACGACAUAAGGAACGUCGUGACUGGUAGAGUAGAGACGGAGUUUGAAGUUAGAGAAUUGGAAGAGUUGCCGGAAGAGUGGCGACGAUCUAAGCUUGCCUGGCUGUGUAAAGAGGUUCCAACGCAUAAGGCCGUGACGCUUGUGAGGCUAUUGAAUGCUCAGAAGAAAUGGGUUCGUCAAGAAGAUGCUACUUACAUUGCUGUUCAUUGUAUGCGGAUUCGUGAGAACGAAACUGGAUUCAGGGUGUAUAGAUGGAUGACACAGCAGAAUUGGUAUCGGUUUGAUUUCGGGUUAGCUACAAAGCUAGCUGAUUUCUUGGGGAAAGAACGGAAAUUUACGAAAUGCCGGGAGGUGUUCGACGAUAUUUUGAAUCAAGGGCGUGUUCCGAGAGAGUCUACAUUUCAUAUUCUUGUAGUUGCAUAUCUAAGUAGCUCAGUAGAAGGCUGUCUCGAAGAAGCGUGUCGCGUUUACAACAGAAUGAUUCAGCUUGGAGGGUACCAACCGCGUCUUAGUUUGCAUAAUUCUUUAUUUAGAGCUCUCUUGAGUAAACAAGGAGGGGUUUUGAAUGAUCACCUUAAGCAAGCUGAGUUUAUCUUCCAUAAUGUUGUGAUAACCGGGCUUGAGGUUCAGAAGGAUAUUUAUAGUGGACUCAUAUGGCUGCAUAGUUGUCAAGACGAUGUUGACAUAGAUAGGAUAAACUCUCUAAGAGAAGAGAUGAUGAAGGCGGGUUUUCAGGAGAGUAAAGAAGUUGUGGUUUCUUUACUGAGAGCAUAUGCGAAAGAGGGAGGUGUGGAAGAAGUUGAGAGGACAUGGCUUGAAUUGCUUAGUCUAGAUUGUGGUAUACCUUCUCAGGCGUUUGUGUACAAGAUGGAGGCUUAUUCUAAAGUCGGCGAUUUUGCAAAAGCUCUGAAGAUAUUUAGGGAGAUGGAGAAGCAUCUAGGUGGUGCAACUGUGACUGGAUACCACAAAAUCAUUGAGGUUCUAUGUAAAUUCCAGCAAGUGGAAUAUGCAGAAUCUCUCUUAAAAGAGUUUGUAGAAAGCGGAAAGAAACCGCUUCUACCGUCAUACAUCGAGAUAGCCAAGAUGUACUUCGAUUUAGGUUUAUAUGAGAAGUUGGAGAUGGCUUUUAUUGAGUGCUUGAAGAAAUGUCAACCUAGCCAGACCAUAUAUAACAUAUACUUGGAUUCACUGGUUAAGAUCGGUAACUUAGAGAAAGCAGGAGAUGUCUUUGAUGAAAUGAAGAACAACGGGACAAUCAAUGUGAAUGCUAUAUCAUGCAACACCCUUUUAAAGGGAUACCUUGAUUCUGGAAAACAAGUGCAGGCAGAGAGAAUUUAUGAUCUGAUGAGAUUGAAGAAAUACGAAAUCGAACCACCGGUCAUGGAAAAGCUUGAUUACAUCCUGAUGUUGAAGAGAAAAGAAGUGAAGAGACCGUUGAGCAUGAAGCUAAGUAAAGAACAGCGUGAGAUAUUGGUAGGUUUGCUAUUAGGUGGCUUGCAAAUCGAAUCAGACAAAGAGAAGAAGAGCCACAUGGUCAAAUUUGAAUUCAGAGAGACUUCUCAGGCUCAUCUGAUUCUAAGACAACACAUACAUGACCAGUUCCGCGAGUGGCUGCAUCCUUUAAGCGAAUUUGAAGAGGAUAUGAUACCCUUCGAAUUCUACUCCAUUUCCCAUUCAUUCUUUGGGUUUUACGCUGAUAAUUUCUGGCCAAAGGGUCAGCCAGAGAUUCCAAAACUGAUUCAUCGGUGGCUCUCACCACACUCACUUGCUUAUUGGUACAUGUACGGCGGCUUUAAAACAUCACAAGGUGACAUUAUCUUGAGAUUGAAGGGAAGUCUUGAAGGUGUUGAGAAGGUAGUAAAGGCUCUGAGAGGCAAAUCUAUGGAAUGUCGGGUUAAGAAGAAAGGAAAAGUCUUCUGGAUCGGACUUCAGGGAACUAACUCCGCUUUGUUCUGGAAACUAAUAGAGCCUUACGUAUUGGAGGACUUGAAAGAUCAUUUGAAACCUGCUUCUGAAUCAAUGGGCAAUGAUGGGGAAGGUGAAGACCAAAGGAUCAACGUUGAAUCAAGCUCUUGAUCACAGUGACGUUUGUUUCAAUUCAGGAGAAGCACAUAUUGGAUACAACUCAAAACUACAUGGGGUUUGAUAUCAUCGUUGGAUGUAAGAAACUGUAAACUAUGGAUAAAAUCAUUUUAGUUUAUUCAUAAUUUUUAUAUAGAUGAAAUAUAUUCAAGCAAA